AAGUGGAUGGAAAGCAUCAAAAGAAUUGAAAAUCCGCUAAUAGCGUUCACAGAUUCACAAGAAAUUGUUGAAAAGGUGAAAGAACUCCGACAAGGUUUUUGUGAAAAUGAAACACAGAUCUAUCUUGUGUCCAGGAAUGAUUUAUGGGCCUUUAGAAUAGGCCCAAAAAUUAAAGACGUUAUGUCGCAAGAAAAUUAUCCAAAAUAUUAUCCAAAUACAGUCAAUGAGAAUUACAGUUCAUGUAUGCAUGUUAAAUUUGAACUAAUCGCCAAAGUUAUUGAGGAGAAUUUAGCUGAUACCAAAUUCAUAAGUUGGAUGGAUAUUGGAUUAUAUCGUUUUGUGGCAUGGGAGAAGAAUAAAUUUAAGUUAACUUUACCUCCUGAUUUUGAUUCAACAAAGAUUGCCUAUAAUGAAAUCAAAGCCCAUUAUUCUUCGUCUACUAUUGAGGAUAUUAUAACAGAUAAUUUAGUGUGGGUUGGAGGGGGACUGUUUGUUGGUAAAACGGAUCUUAUGUACGUCCAUUGUAUAGAUUAUAUGAAGAGCGUCACAAAAAUGUUAGAGUUAAAAUGGAUUAGUACAGAUCAACAAGUUCUCUAUAGUAUGUAUUUACCAAACUUUCCUCUCAGACCUCGUGUGGAGAUUCAGGUUUAUACGACCCACUCAAUGGAUGACUGGUAUCACCUGGCAAACGUCCUCAAAGGUACCCACGGGAUCAAAACAAGACAAGUCAAAACACUGUCUUUUUAUUUUUUACAGUAUUUAUAGAAAUAUAGACAUCCAAAGUCUUUGUGUGGCAACAGGUGGAACAUAACCCAUUAGCAUUUAAUACAACAGCAGCUAGUGCUCCUUACCAACUAAGAGGCCAAAACCGUCGAAGUCAUAUGAAUUGCCAUUCAAAUAGGACUACUCACGUAUUUGGACGAAAAAUUUGAUUAACGAUUACAAUAAAAGUUUAAAAAAAAGAAUAGAGAGAUGAAUAGAGAACAAGGUAAAAACAAACGCGAUUUUUUGUACAAUCAGGGGCAAUAAUUCUCAGAAAGUUAUGGCCUGAAAUGUUCAAAUAUCAAAAGGGACUGAGAUCUUUGGGAUAUAAAGAUAUCGGAUAAUAAUUGUGACCUCUAGAGGGACCACGGGCUAAAAACGCGAUUUUUCGU